GGACCAGCGGGGAGGGUGUGUGUGGGGGGGGCGGUGGCGGCGAAACGGGCGGGCGGCGCGCGGGAUGGAACACCGAGACACCGACGGAAUGCUCCGGAUCGCCACAUAAUCCUCUGGAACAGCCGCGCCGAACGCCAUCGGCGUCUCCGUUCUCCGCGCGCCGCUGCCGCCGCCGUCUCCCACCUUCGCCUCACCUCCUCCUCCUCCGCUGCCUCCGGAGCUGGGGGGGCGACGUGAAACCCCGCUACGAUGGAGCCCGCCGCCGCAGCCCCGGCACAGCGACUCGCGGACCCCACGGGUGAGGACCGAGCCCCGGCGGCGGCGGCGGCGGCCGAGGGCGGACGGAGUCCGGAUUCUGUGCUGAGCGCGGCGGCCCCGAGCGGCGGGAACGGCGGCGCGGCGCGAGAGGAGGCCCCCUGCGAGGCGCCGCCGGGGCCGCUGCCCGGCCGCGCGGGAGGCACCGGACGCAGGCGUCGGCGCGGGGUGCCCCAGCCCGCGGCCGGCGGGGCCGCCCCGGUGACCGCGGCCGGCGGCGGCGCCAACUCGCUGCUGCUGAGGAGAGGGCGGCUGAAGAGGAAUCUGUCGGCCGCCGCUUCGUCGUCCUCAUCGCCGUCCUCGGCGUCUUCGGCCGCUGGCGGCCUCCCGGCGUCCUGCUCGGCCUCGGCGUCGCUGUGCACCCGGAGUCUGGACAGGAAGACGCUGCUCCAGAAGCACCGGCAGCUGCUUCAGCUGCAGCCGUCGGACCGGGACUGGGUGAGGCACCAGCUCCAGCGGGGCUGUGUGCACGUCUUUGACCGCCACAUGGCCUCGUCCUACCUGCGCCCAGUGCUCUGCACGCUGGACACCACAGCCGCCGAGGUGGCCGCCCGGCUUCUGCAGCUGGGCCACAAAGGCGGCGGGGUGGUGAAGGUGCUGGGCCACGGGCCACCUCCGGCCGCUGCCCCGGCCGCCAGCGAUCAGACCCCGGCCACAGAGCUCGGAAGAGACGUGGAGCCACCGCCCUCGAGCAGCACGGUCGGUGCUGUCCGGGGCCCUGCGCGCGCGCCUCCUGCCGAUCUGCCGCUGCCCGGGGGCGCCUGGACGCGCUGUGCACCUCGGGUCAACCCUGCGCCCUCGGACUCCAGCCCCGGAGAGCUGUUCGCGGGCGGCCCCUGUUCCCCGUCCCGCGCCCCGCGCCCGGCCUCCGACACCGAGAGCUUCAGCCUGAGCCCCAGCGCCGAGAGCGUGUCAGACCGGCUGGACCCCUAUAGCAGCGGCGGCGGCUCCUCCUCUUCGUCCGAGGAACUAGAAGCUGACCCGGCCACGGUCUUGACGGGGCCUUCCGGGCCGCCCCACCACCCAGUCCGCUCCUCACAGCCUCGACCGCCUUCCCCGAAGACCUCGGCGUUACUGCAGCCGAAAGCCCCGACGGGCGUAGACGGCACUGGCCUAGUGGUGGGCGAAGGUCCCGGAGACGACAAGGCGGUGGCAGCUGCAGCUCCAGGCGUUCCUCUGUGGACUCCAGGGAGGAUCCGGGAGACCGUGCAAAAGACGUCUUCUCCGCCCUCCCUGUAUGUACAGCUCCAUGGGGAGACUACCCGGCGCCUGGAGGCGGACGAGAAGCCAUUGCAGAUCCAAAAUGACUACCUCUUCCAACUGGGAUUUGGGGAGCUGUGGAGGGUGCAGGAGGAAGGCAUGGAUUCGGAGAUUGGCUGCCUCAUCCGAUUCUAUGCAGGAAAGCCUCAUAGCACUGGGAGCUCUGAGCGGAUUCAGCUCUCGGGAAUGUACAAUGUCCGAAAAGGCAAAAUGCAGUUGCCAGUGAACAGAUGGACAAGACGCCAGGUCAUUCUGUGUGGGACGUGCUUGAUAGUGUCGUCUGUGAAAGACAGCUCGAGUGGGAAGAUGCACGUUCUGCCUCUCAUUGGUGGAAAAGUGGAAGAAGUGAAAAAGCACCAGCACUGUCUAGCGUUCAGCUCUUCCGGGCCCCAGAGCCAGACUUACUACAUCUGCUUCGAUACUUUCACGGAGUACUUACGAUGGCUGCGUCAAGUCUCCAAGGUUGCAUCACAACGCAUAAGCUCAGUAGACCUCUCAUGUUGUAGCCUUGAGCAUCUGCCUGCCAACCUCUUUUACAGCCAAGACCUUACUCAUCUCAAUUUAAAACAGAACUUCCUAAGGCAGAACCCCAGCCUCCCAGCUGCCAGAGGACUUGGUGAACUGCAGAGAUUCACCAAAUUGAAGAGCCUUAACCUUUCCAAUAACCACCUAGGAGCCUUUCCGUCAGCAGUCUGCAGCAUCCCAACCCUGGCAGAGCUGAAUGUGUCUUGCAAUGCCCUGCGAGAAGUCCCAGCAGCUGUUGGAGCUAUGCAGAACUUACAGACGUUCUUGCUGGAUGGAAAUUUUCUCCAGUCCCUUCCUGCUGAGUUGGAGAACAUGCACCAGCUCAGCUAUCUGGGUCUUUCCUUUAAUGAAUUCACUGACAUUCCAGAGGUGUUGGAGAAGCUGACUGCUGUGGAUAAACUGUGCAUGGCUGGGAACUGUAUGGAGACCCUUAGACUACAGGCCUUAAGAAGGAUGCCUCAUAUUAAACACGUGGACCUAAGACUGAACAUACUCAGAAAGCUUAUAACAGAUGAAGUGGACUUUCUGCAACAUGUCACUCAGCUUGACCUGCGAGACAAUAAACUUGGUGAUCUAGAUGCUAUGAUCUUCAACAACAUAGAAGUUCUGCACUGCGAGAGGAAUCAGCUGGUGACACUGAACAUUUGUGGCUAUUUCCUAAAAGCACUCUAUGCUUCUUCUAACGAACUCGUUCAACUUGAUGUCUACCCAGUUCCAAAUUAUCUAUCGUACAUGGAUGUCUCAAGAAACUGCCUAGAAAGUGUGCCUGAGUGGGUAUGUGAAAGCCGGAAGUUAGAAGUUUUGGAUAUUGGCCAUAAUCAAAUAUGUGAACUUCCUGCCCGCUUAUUUUGUAAUAGUAGUCUCCGGAAAUUGCUGGCAGGACACAACCGGUUGGCAAGGCUUCCUGAAAGGCUGGAGAGAACAUCAGUGGAGGUCUUGGACGUACAGCAUAACCAGAUCAUUGAGCUCCCACCAAACCUUCUCAUGAAGGCUGACAGCCUGAGAUUCCUCAAUGCGUCCGCAAACAAACUGGAAACCCUGCCUCCAGCCACACUUUCUGAGGAGACAAGCAGUAUAUUACAGGAGUUGUACUUGACAAACAACAGCCUCACUGAUAAGUGUGUGCCCUUGUUAACAGGGCACCCCCGCCUGAAGAUCCUACACAUGGCUUAUAACCGGCUUCAGAGCUUCCCAGCAAGUAAAAUGGCGAAACUGGAGGAGCUUGAAGAAAUCGAUAUCAGUGGGAAUAAGCUGAAAGCCAUCCCAACAACCAUCAUGAACUGCAGGCGCAUGCACACGGUGAUUGCUCACUCGAACUGCAUCGAAGUCUUUCCUGAAGUCAUGCAGCUCCCAGAAGUCAAGUGUGUAGAUCUGAGCUGUAAUGAGCUGAGUGAAAUCACCCUACCAGAAAACCUGCCACCUAAACUGCAGGAACUAGAUCUGACCGGAAACCCACGCCUUGCCCUGGACCACAAAAGCUUGGAGCUGCUCAAUAACAUCCGCUGUUUCAAGAUUGACCAGCCGUCAGCAGGAGAUGCAUCUGGAGCCCCAGCAGUAUGGAGUCAUGGUUACACUGAAGCAUCGGGAGUAAAAAACAAGCUGUGUGUCGCAGCCCUGUCUGUGAAUAACUUCCGUGACAACCGAGAGGCUCUCUACGGUGUGUUUGAUGGAGACCGGAAUGUGGAAGUGCCCUACCUUCUCCAGUGCACCAUGAGUGACAUCUUAGCUGAGGAGCUUCAGAAAACGAAAAAUGAAGAAGAAUACAUGGUCAAUACAUUUAUAGUCAUGCAAAGGAAACUGGGAACGGCUGGGCAGAAACUCGGUGGUGCUGCUGUCCUGUGUCACAUCAGGCAUGACCCUGUGGACCUGGGAGGAUCCUUUACCCUGACCUCUGCUAAUGUUGGCAAGUGCCAAACGGUUCUCUGUCGAAACGGGAAGCCGCUGUCUCUGUCCAGGUCCUAUACCAUGAGCUGUGAAGAAGAGCGAAAGAGGAUUAAGCAGCACAAAGCCAUCAUCACUGAGGAUGGCAAGGUCAAUGGAGUGACAGAGUCCACACGCAUCCUGGGCUACACCUUCCUUCACCCCAGUGUGGUGCCUCGCCCCCACGUACAGUCGGUGCUUCUGACUCCACAGGAUGAGUUUUUCAUCCUGGGCAGCAAAGGGCUGUGGGACAGCCUGUCCAUCGAAGAGGCUGUGGAAGCCGUGCGCAACGUUCCAGAUGCUCUAGCCGCCGCCAAGAAGCUAUGCACCCUGGCCCAGAGCUACGGCUGCCACGACAGCAUCAGUGCUGUGGUGGUGCAACUCAGUGUCACGGAAGACAGCUUCUGCUGCUGUGAGCUCAGUGUGGGAGGGAGCAUGCCACCGCCCAGUCCCGGAAUCUUCCCGCCCUCCGUCAGCAUGGUGAUCAAGGACCGGCCCUCAGAUGGGCUGGGCGUGCCGUCCUCCAGCAGCGGCAUGGCAUCUGAGAUCAGCAGUGAAUUGUCUACCUCUGAGAUGAGUAGUGAGGUGGGCUCCACAGCUUCUGACGAGCCGCCGUCGGGAGCCCUGAGUGAGAGCAGCCCCGCCUACCCCAGCGAGCAGCGCUGCAUGCUCCACCCGGUCUGCCUGUCCAACUCCUUCCAGCGCCAGCUGUCCAGCGCCACUUUCUCCAGUGCGUUCUCUGACAACGGCCUUGACAGUGAUGACGAGGAACCCAUUGAGGGCGUGUUCAGCAACGGCAGCCGGGUGGAGGUGGAAGUGGACAUCCAUUGCAGCCGGGCCAAGGAGAAGGAGAGACAGCAGCACCUGCUUCAGGUGCCAGCUGAAGCCAGUGAUGAGGGCAUUGUCAUCAGUGCCAAUGAGGAUGAGUCAGGUCUGUCCAAGAAGACAGACAUUUCUGCUGUGGGGACCAUUGGGCGACGCAGGGCUAACGGCUCUGUAGCUCCCCAGGAAAGGAGCCAUAAUGUAAUAGAGGUUGCCACAGAUGCACCUCUCCGGAAGCCGGGAGGCUAUUUUGCAGCCCCUGCUCAACCAGAUCCAGAUGAUCAGUUUAUCAUCCCCCCAGAGCUGGAAGAGGAAGUCAAAGAAAUCAUGAAACAUCACCAGGAGCAGCAGCAGCAGCAGCAGCAGCAGCAGCAGCAGCAGCAGCAGCAGCAGCAGCCACCACCUCCACCCCAGCCGCCACAGGCACAGGCACAGGCACAGGCACAGGCACAGAGGCCCUUCCAGAUGGAUCACCUGCCGGACUGUUACGACACACCACUAUGACCCAGCCUGCGUACUGUUUUAAACAAUAAACUAACCAGAGAGGCCGAGAGAGUGUCCCAGGCUCACGUUAAACCAGGGGUGUUGCUUCAUGCCCUCUCCCAGACACUGCCCCGCCUGUCUCUGCAGCUCAUCUCUAGGCUCUCUUUGUAUUAGUUACUUUUAAUAAUUAACCACUUUUCUUCUAGUGACACUUUACCAAUAUGAUUUAAAUUUGUUAACUUCUUUCCCUAACAUAUCAACUGUGUAAAGACAAAGAACAAAAGGUUUAAUAUAUUACAGAGAAACAGUAAAUGAUAAUGUAAUAUUUUUAAAAAUGGCUUUUUGUUGUUUUGUUCGUUUGGAAGGCAGGGCUAGUUGCCGUUGCUAAAUGAUUUAAUAAUACUGUAAUGUGUAUUUCUUUGUGGGGAAAGCUUUUUUUUGUCUUGAAAAUGAUAGACAUUUGUAGAAUAUGGAGACUAACUCCUAGGAGUUGCUUUACUCUGUCAGUGACUUAAGUCACUGGGACUCACUAAUUUUCUCUGAGAGAACAGUUGAUUGAGAAAUUUCUAUUGUAAAUAGCUCAGUGUUACAUAAUGAAGCUUAAAGUGUUUGUAGUCUUGGCAUAGGGACACGGCCGAAAUAACUGACUCCUUCCUCGCUCUGCAGAGCCUCCCCUGCCCCAGCCACCUCGCCCAUGUGCAGUGUGGGCCAUUUGCUCAGUGUGCUUCUGUGCAGAUAAUGUGGCCCUGCUCUCGGGAGCCCAGAACCUUUUACAGACACUUUUUAAUUGUGUUCCUUCCUGCUGCCACAAUCAGCAUGACUGUAUAGAGUCCCUUAGACCAGCCACACAUCCAGAGUUAUAUGGAAACAGAAUGCCCAAAUGGACAUGUCGUAAUUUUUGUUAUAAUAAAUAUGAAAUUUACAAGU